GGGCCGACGCCCGGCGGCGGGCGGGGUUCGCGGCUCCGCUCCUUGCAGAGCAGCAGGGGCCGCGGAGCUGGAGCCGGAGCCGGAGCCGGAGCCGGAGCCGGAGCCGGGGCUGGAGCCCGGGGCAGAGUCGGAGCGGGGGGCCGGGCCGGAGCGGGCUCCAGAGACAUGGGGUCUGCAGACUCCAAGCUGAACUUCCGGAAGGCAGUGAUCCAGCUCACAACCAAGACGCAGCCUGUGGAAGCCACCGAUGAUGCCUUUUGGGACCAGUUCUGGGCAGACACAGCCACCUCGGUGCAGGAUGUCUUUGCAUUGGUGCCUGCAGCAGAGAUCCGGGCAGUGCGGGAGGAGUCACCCUCCAACCUGGCCACCCUGUGCUACAAGGCAGUGGAGAAGCUGGUGCAGGGGGCCGAGAGUGGCUGCCACUCGGAAGAGGAGAAGCAGGUUGUCCUGAACUGCAGUCGCCUGCUCACCCGUGUGCUGCCCUACAUCUUUGAGGACCCUGACUGGAGGGGCUUCUUCUGGUCCACAGUGCCCGGGGCAGGGCGAGGAGGGCAGGGUGAGGAGGACGAUGAGAAUGCACGGCCUCUGGCCGAGUCCCUGCUCCUGGCCAUCGCAGACCUGCUCUUCUGCCCAGACUUCACAGUCCAGAGCCACCGGCGAAGCACUGUGGACUCAGCAGAGGAUGUUCACUCCCUGGACAGCUGUGAAUACAUCUGGGAGGCUGGUGUGGGCUUUGCUCACUCCCCCCAGCCUAACUAUAUUCAUGACAUGAACCGGAUGGAGCUGCUGAAAUUGCUUCUGACCUGCUUCUCUGAGGCCAUGUACCUGCCCCCAGCUCCAGAAAGUGGCAACACCAACCCGUGGGUUCAGUUCUUUUGUUCCACAGAGAACAGACACGCACUGCCCCUUUUCACCUCCCUCCUCAACACCGUGUGUGCCUAUGACCCUGUGGGCUAUGGGAUUCCCUACAAUCACCUGCUGUUCUCCGACUACCGGGAGCCCCUGGUGGAGGAGGCUGCCCAGGUGCUCAUCGUCACCUUGGACCAUGACAGUGCCACCAGCACUGGCCCCACUGUGGAUGGCACCACCACAGGCACUGCCAUGGAUGAUGCUGAUCCUCCAGGACCUGAGAACCUGUUUGUGAAUUACCUGUCCCGUAUUCACCGUGAGGAGGACUUCCAGUUUAUCCUCAAGGGCAUAGCCCGGCUACUGUCCAACCCCCUGCUCCAGACCUACCUGCCCAACUCCACUAAGAAGAUCCAGUUCCACCAAGAGCUGCUGGUUCUCUUCUGGAAGCUCUGUGACUUCAACAAGAAAUUCCUCUUCUUUGUGCUGAAGAGCAGUGAUGUGUUGGAUAUCCUGGUCCCCAUCCUCUACUUCCUCAAUGAUGCCCGCGCAGAUCAGUCUCGGGUGGGCCUGAUGCACAUUGGGGUCUUCAUUCUGUUGCUUCUGAGUGGGGAGCGGAACUUCGGGGUGCGGCUGAACAAGCCCUACUCAGUGCGUGUGCCUAUGGACAUCCCCGUCUUCACGGGCACUCACGCCGACCUGCUCAUUGUGGUGUUUCAUAAGCUCAUCACCAGCGGCCACCAGCGGCUGCAGCCCCUCUUUGACUGCCUGCUCACCAUCGUGGUCAACGUGUCACCCUACCUCAAGAGCCUUUCCAUGGUGACGGCCAAUAAGCUGCUGCACCUGCUAGAGGCCUUCUCUACCACCUGGUUCCUCUUCUCUGCUGCCCAGAACCACCACCUGGUCUUCUUCCUCCUGGAGGUCUUCAACAACAUCAUCCAGUACCAGUUUGAUGGCAACUCCAACCUGGUCUAUGCCAUCAUUCGUAAGCGUGGUGUCUUCCACCAGCUGGCCAACCUGCCCACAGAUCUGCCCACCAUCCACAAGGCUCUCCAGAGGCGCCGGCGGACACCUGAGCCCCUGUCCCGCACAGGCUCUCAGGAAGGCACCUCCAUGGAGGGCUCCCGCCCCGCCGCCCCUGCAGAGCCUGGUACCCUCAAGGCCAGCCUGGUGGCUACCCCAGGCAUUGACAAACUGACAGAGAAGUCCCAGGUGUCAGAAGAUGGCACCUUGCGAUCCCUGGAGCCUGAACACCAGCAGAGCUCAGCUGAAAGCAGCCCAGUCAAGGGGGAACCCAGCCAGGCCUGGAGGGAGCAGCGUCGACUGUCCAGCUCGUCAGCCAGUGGCCAGUGGAACCCAACAUCAGAUUGGGUCCUCUCCUGGAAAUCCAAGCUGCCGCUGCAGACCAUCAUGAGGUUACUGCAGGUGCUGGUUCCCCAGGUGGAGAAGAUUUGCAUUGACAAGGGUCUGACAGAUGAAUCGGAGAUCCUGAGGUUCCUGCAGCAUGGCACCCUGGUGGGGCUGCUGCCCGUACCCCACCCUAUCCUCAUCCGCAAGUACCAGGCCAACUCGGGCACUGCUAUGUGGUUCCGCACCUACAUGUGGGGUGUCAUCUACCUGAGGAACGUGGACCCACCCAUCUGGUAUGACACUGACGUGAAGCUGUUUGAGAUCCAGCGGGUGUGAGGAUGGACAACUGCAAGGCAGAUGGGCCAGGAGGGCCAGGCCUGGUCCUGGAUGUCCCUCAACCCAACGUUCCGAGCUUUAAGUGAUCACUGUCAGGGCCUGGGGCAGGCAAAAUGGCUGAGUCCCAGGUGGCAGGCCCCAGAGGCCCCUUGUAGCUGAGGAUGAGGGGGACCAGCUCUGUGCCUGCCUCCCCUUCUCCCCCACCUCUAGGCUGGGAUCCUAAGAGCCUCCUAAGUCCAGGGCUACAGACCCACCACCAGAGCCUCUGCCAAUUCUGGCUUCCCCUUCAAGACCUGGUUCUGUGCUGGCCUCUCAGUGCCAGCCACUCAUGUACUGGCCACCCCCAGAAGCCACCAGGUCACUAUGCCUGUUGGGUCACUGUGCCCUAAUGGGUUUGCCCCAGAAGAAGCCAUGGUUGUCCCUCGAGGUACCUGGGCAGGGGGAGGAAGCUUUUCUGGUUGCCUAGCCUGAGACCACCCAUUCUUGGCUUGCUUCCUGCCCAGGGCCCAUGGGGAAAGGAGUGUGGUCCAGCUGCUAGCUGAGGAGGCUGGGCAUGGCAGCCUGCAAAGCCAGACUGGAGCUCAUGUA